UCUUUUUUGAAGUUUUUUGCAACCAAAAUAAUAAUCAUAAUCCCCUCCAUUAUUUCUCAUUCCUCUCUCUAAACCAUCAUCAUCAUCUCUCUCCUAAGCCAUCAUCUAUCUUUCUCUAGCUCUCUCUCUCUGCCAUGGAUUCCGGCAACAGUAGUAGCAUGCAAUCUUCAAGCGGUGGUGGUGGAGGAGAACAAGAAGAGUACGACUCACGCGCCGAUCAAUCAAUCUCUGCUUUAUUCAACAACAACAACGCAACCACCGCCGGUCAAACACAGCUUGACUCUCUCAUAGCUAACUAUCUCAACACCGGUUGGUCAACAGAUAAUCCACUCUGGUCAACAACGACCAUGAAGCCCACUGAUGGCUCUACACCACCAGUCUUCUUCACAAACCCACUUCAACGAGAUCUGAGAAUAGUCUCAAACACAGACACAAGUAGUCCCAUUAGUUCUGUCCCUACCGACAAGAAAAACGGUCUGGCGGUGACAACACGGAUUCCUAAGAAGAGAUCUCGAGUCUCGAGACGGGCACCUACCACUGUUUUGACCACCGACACUUCAAACUUCAGAGCCAUGGUUCAAGAAUUCACUGGUAGUCCUUCAAAUCCUUUCGCUGGAUCCUCUCCUUUUCCAAGAUCAAGAUUUGACCUAUUGGGCCCUUCUUCUCCUUCAUCAUCCUCACGACCCUUGAAACCCUUUCCUCACAAGAUUACCCCACCACCUUCGACCAGUCAUCGUUACCUAACUCCUCCUACAUAUUAUCAUCAGGGUCAUCUCCUUAACAUGAACAUGCAAACCAUCGCAAACCCUUUUCUCAACAACCACGUGGACGUGGGAACAAACUUUGGGGGGCUUCACAACAUUAUUGCCUCUUCAUCCUCAUCGAUGGCACAGCCAACCCUAAACACUAUGCAUGGACUGGACAAGAAUUCUGAAACCGAUAAUGAUCCUCUAAGAUCGAUCAAUGGUGAAGAGCAAUACAUGGUGCAAAGAUCCGAUGGUUACACACCGCCCGUUGCUUCUGGAUCGGAGAAUAAUUUAGCAGCGGUGAGAAAUAAAGGUAUGAAGGAAUUAUCAUGGAUCUCUUCUUCUGAUUAGAUUCAACCUAACCUUUUUAUUACAUUAUGAUCGUUUUUAUUAUUAUAGAUAUAUAAAAAAUGGAAUAGAGAAUCUCAGCGAAAAUAUUUGAUGAAUGGAACAUUAAUUAGUGUAUGGAAAUAUUUUGGAAUCUUUAAUGUUGUAAAGUUUCUGUGGUCUAAAUUAACAAUAACUUGGUAUAUAUUGGAAAAAUGUUAUUUCUUUCUUAUUAAUGUUAUUGUUAUAUCGGAUUUGCUCCGUUUAUUAACUGUGCUGGAUUGGGUGUGUUUAUAUGUAGA